AUGAGAUAAAAGGAUGUUCAAGAUCUUUAGCUUGAUGAAAUUGGCCUCAAUCACUAGGUUACAUAUUCCAUUAAUGAAAAUAGAGAUGUUUUAAUAAAACAUUCUUCUAAUGGUGUUACUACUGAACUCAAGAGUUAUGUAGACUUUUAAACAAUCACAAAAUUCAAACAUAUCAACUAAUAAACUAAGAUGAAUUACAAUAUUCACUUCGAUAUCAUGUCAGAGAUUUCUAAUUAAGUAAACAAUUAGGACACUAACUUGAGAAUGUGCACAGUAUAGUUGGGAUAAUAAAGAUUUUAAACUAUUUAAAUUUAGUUUUAAUUAAUCUACGCAAUCACAUUUGAAUAUGGUUUUCAAAUUAAGGAAAAAGAAAUUGAUGAUGCAAUAGUUGAAAUUAGUUCUCGAAUAGAUUAGAUUUGUGUUCAAACUUAUAAUCAUGGUGAUGCCAAUUUAAUGUAACAAAUAGAUGAACUCCUCGAAUAAUACUAAGAAUUUCUAAAUUGA